AUGGCCAAUUUCCUCGCCUCCAUCUUCGGCACCGAGCUCGACAAGGUCAACUGCUCCUUCUACUUCAAAAUCGGCGCCUGUCGCCACGGCGAUCGCUGCUCGCGAAAACACGUCAAGCCCUCGUACAGCCAGACCAUCCUCAUGCCGAACCUGUACCAGAACCCCGCCUACGACCCCAAGAACAGGAUGAACCCUUCGCAGCUGCAGAACCACUUUGACGCAUUUUACGAGGACAUCUGGUGCGAGCUUUGCAAGUACGGCGAGCUGGAGGAACUCGUCGUCUGCGAUAACAACAAUGAUCACCUCAUUGGAAACGUAUACGCCCGCUUCAAAUACGAAGACUCCGCCUCCGCCGCCUGCGAACAGCUAAACAGCCGCUGGUACGCCGCGCGCCCCAUAUACUGCGAACUCAGCCCCGUCACCGACUUCCGCGAGGCCUGCUGCCGCCUCAAUUCGGGCGAGGGCUGCGUCCGCGGCGGCUUCUGCAACUUCAUCCAUCGCAAGAACCCCAGCGACGAGCUCGACCGGGAACUCACGCUCAGCACCAAGAAGUGGCUCAAGAUGCGCGGCCGGGACGAGCGGAGUGUGAGCCGGUCACCCACGCCGGAGCCCACCAGACGGAGGUUUUAA